AUGGGCAUUAAGGGGGCAUCUGCCUCGCAAGACCUCCCUGGCAUGGAAGAUCAACGCGAUGUCCAACCUUUCUUAGACGAAUAUGGCCUGGAGUAUACACCGGAUGGACAGUUCAUCCGCUGGUCGUUUUCAAAUAAAAAGCACCCUCGGAAUUGGCCGGCGUCACGGAAGAUCUACGAUACUGGGUUGAUCAUCUUCUUGGAUCUUUUCACGACAUCGGUUAGCACUGCUGGGAGCGCGGCGGCAGACCAUGCUCGUGAUGAGUUUGGACUCAGUAAGACACUUGCUGUCUUCCUUUUCGUCUCUCUUUCUCUAGUCGGCCAAAUGAUCGGCGGUAUUAUCUUUCCAGCUUGCUCCGAAGCAUUUGGUCGAAAGAACCUUUACAUCGUCAGCACUGGUCUAUUCAGUAUAUUUUGCCUAAUCGUAGGCGUGGUCCCUUCGAUCGCCGCAGUCGCAAUCGGUCGCUUCUUAUCGGGCUUCCUUUCCGCUAUACCAGCAGUCGUUGUUGCUGGCAGUAUUGAAGAUAUGUACAAUGCCAAAGAUCGGGUGUGGUUCAUCUUCCUGUGGGCGGUUGUUGCAAAUAUGGGCCUAGCAUUAGGGCCCAUCAUGAGCAUUUAUAUCAUAGCCCGCUUGAGCUGGCGAUGGGUAUUCCGCAUCUCCGCGAUUGUAACCGCUAUCAUCACGCUCCUCCUAUUCGGCAUUCGCGAAUCGCGCCCAUCUUUGGUUCUGGAAAAGCAGGUUGCAAGACUACGCAGUGAAAGUGGCAUCACAAAUCUGAAGGCAUUGAACCCAGACCACACCCCCGAUCUGAAGACCUUCAUCCGUCUUAGUCUCUUCCGUCCGAUUCACCUCUUCUUCACAGAGCCUAUCGUCUUCAUGGUAGCAAUCAUGAGCGCAGUGGCAUUUGCAUUGAUAUACCUAUUCACGGAAGCCUUGCCGCCGAUCUACAUGUCAAUGGGGUUCUCAACGACAUCUUCCUAUUUACCCUUUUUGGCAAUCUGCAUCGGUAUAUUGUUUGGACUACUCACCCGCAUACAAGACCACCGGAUCAUCCUAAGAUAUCAAGAACAGGGCAUUCCACUCGAGCCAGAACACAAACUCCUCGGGUUUUCUAUCGGUGCACCUAUUCUCGCCGUGGGAUUAUGGUGGUUUGCAUGGACCAUUCCACCAGCAGUGCACGUUCACUGGCUUAUAUCCACAGCCGCACUUAUUCUCAUUGGAUAUGCCGUCAACGAAUUCGAUUCUGUCUUGGCGGGUUAUCUGGCCGAUAGCUAUAUGGGCUACGCGGCUAGUGGUUUUGCAGCAGUUCAACUCCUGCGGUCCUCGAUGUCGGCUGCUUUCCCGUUGUUUGCGACGGAUAUGUUCGAUGCGUUAGGCGCGAAUGUGGCGUCGUCGAUUUUGGCUGCUCUUGCUACCGUUUUUUGUAUCGUUCCACCGCUUUUUAAUAGACAUGGAAGGCGGAUUCGAGGUCUUAGCAAGUUUGCUAAGCAUAGCUUGCAGGUCUACCGGGAGAAUGGGGUUGAUAAGCAUGGGUUUUGA